AUGUCAGACGUUACAUAUUCUUCCGCAGAGAAUAUUGCAAGGGUUCUAAUUGUGCCUCAUGCUGUUUUCAGUGUUUUGGCAACCGUCCUAGUUGGUUUGCGACUUUAUGUCACCAGAGUUGUCGCCAAGUCACCAUGGACUUUUGACGAACAUGUCGUCAUCGUAGCAUUGGUUGCCAAUCACAUUAUGUUAAUUACUGAAGGCAUUUGUAAGUUACUGUUUGCAGUUCUCGAACCACCUCUUCUAUCAGGGCCCGUAGCAUUCUGCACCUGCCCCCGUCGUACUGACAAAGCCUCAAUCGCAGCGGUAGAGUAUGGCCUCGGAACAGACGUUAAUCAGAUAGUUGCAUCGUAUCCAGGCGGUGUUUCAGCGUUUUUGAAGUGUAUACUUGUCUUGGAGAUCCAAUAUGCUAUUGCGUGCCCAUUGUCGAAGAUGGCAGUUUUAGCGAUGUUCUAUAGAAUCUUCUCCGCAUCCAAAUUGCUUCGGUAUAGUAUUUGGACUAUCACUGUCAUGCUCAUUGGAUGGAGUAUUGCCGUUAUCAUGGUCAGCAUUUUCUCUUGUACUCCGAUUCCUCGCUUCUGGGAUCGGACCAUCCCUGGAACAUGCAUCAACUCAAGCAACGUUUUCAUUGGCAUCACGGUUCCAAAUAUCAUUUUUGACAUCCUUACGGUCGUGCUUCCCAUUCGCGAAGUCUGGGCACUACAGAUGGGGAGGGAGAAAAAGCUUGCUAUCAGCGGCGUCUUUCUCCUAGGAGGCAGUUGUUCGGAAAGCGUCGUGCUCGCAUCCGUCGCACGUCUCAUACUAUUCGCCAUCUACCGGCCCGGGCAAGGAACCACUGGCAACAACAUCAGUCAAACGGUCAUUAUACCCCACGCCGCUUCCGCUGUCGAGACCUGCCUAGCGAUAAUUGGCGCAUGUCUUCCACCCUGCGCACCUCUUUUUCGCCGCUGGCUUGGUGGAGUUGUUAGCGUCGUUAGUUCGGGGGAUCGUUAUGGCUCCCGCUCCGCCAGGAAGAAGGGGCUUGACGCACAGGGGAAAUCGUCGGCCUCCAAGAAUUUUAAUACUCUCGUCACCAUUGGCAAAAUGUCCAACCGAGGCGGCGGCCAUAUGAAGCGAUCGAAAGAAGAGGACGACCUCGACGGCUCGUUUGAGCGCCUUGAAGACAGCAACAGCCUGCAAGGUUCUACUGACGGGUUAUACGUGAACGGCAAUGGAGUCGCAAAGAACGAAAACGUUGUCACUUCUGAGAACGGCAUUCAUGUUAAGCGAGAUGUGUGUGUUGAACGCAGUGGCAAGGUCACUUCAAGAGAUGUUAAGGAUUGGGUCGUGGGCGACAUACAACUAGACGACAUGUCCGCUCAAGGUGCAUCUUCUAAGCAACAUGUAGGCCUCGCUAGGUAG